AUGACGUUCUUUUGUGUGUUGAAGGAGGAGUCGGCCUUGUGGCAAGUUGCUGACACGUCUGAUCGUGGAAAGGGGCUGGGGAAAGGAAGUGCCAAGCGGCACCGCAAAGCGCUGCGCAACAUCCAGGGCAUCGCCAAGCCAGCCAUCCACUGCCUGGCCCACAUCUCAGGGCUCAUCUACAAGGAGACCCAUGGGGUGCUGAAGGUUUUCCUGGAGAACGUCAUCAGUGACGCUGUCACCUACAAAGAGCACCCCAAGAGGAAGACCACGACUGCCACGGACAUGGUCUAUGCCCCGAAGCGCCAGAGCCACACCCUCUAUGGAUUCGGUGGCUAAUCCAAAGUCCCUUCAACUGUUUUACGCAAAGCCCCUUUUCAGGGCCACCAACAUCUGCAUUGAAAGAGCUGAGCUUGUUUUUAGUAGGAAGCCUUGAACAGUUUACAUCAAAAUGUUUUAAAGUCCUAUAUAUGUGCUUGCCUAUCCGUGUAUUUACCUAUAAUUGACAAUCACUCAUAUUG